UCUAAGUAGGGAUGUGCUGAGUCUGUCUGCGAAUAGCCACCGCCCACAUUUUUUACGCAAUGGUUUGAGCACUUUUCUCUCUGCCCUCCGGGACGACCGUCAUACUGGAUUCCAUCAUUAGAUAAAUGUCAGGAAGCCACUCGAGUUCAGAUGACAGCAGUGACUCUAGAAAGCGACCUCCGGAUCAGGUUUUAUGUCCGGAUUCUAGCCCAAAGCGAGCGAACUGUGAUGAGACUGUGCACCUAAAAGUUCUCAUUCCUUCUAUCGCUGCUGGGGCUGUCAUAGGUAAAGCUGGAGAGGCUAUAGGGAAGAUCCAGAAGGAAACCAAUACGAAAGUGAAGAUGUCUAAACAAGAUGAAUUCUAUCCUGGUAAGUCUCAUAACCGAGACAUGAGAGCGGUUUGA